GGGUCUGUCUGCAGAGCCGCAGAGCCACGGAUAUACGCCAGCAGAUUCACGCCAGCAGAUUCAAGCCGGUGGCAUUCUGAGCAUGCGCAGUAGGACAACGCGAUUCUGCUGGGAUUGAAAUGCAUGUUUCAAUCCGAAAAGGCAAUUCCGUGCCAAAAUAUGAGCAAUGUGGCACAUGUUGCCAAAAAUAUCACUGCCCGUUGUGCUCCAUACAGCAUUAUAAGCCAACAUCGGCCACAAAACUUAGGAGUCACCUAAAACUCCAUUUUAACCGAGCAGUCCAACAUGAAGGAUACACUAUUCACCGAUGUGGCUUAGGGUGCAGGGUACAACUCCAUUAUCACUGCAUGUACUGUCAGUCAACUGUGCUGCGUAAGGAAGACUUUGAAAACCAUUUGAUUGUGUGCAAGACUAAACAAUCAACCACAACACCUCUGUCUAAGCAAUGUUCUUCAAGUCCCAAGCUGUGCCCACCAAGUGCUGAGCCAUGCACACCUAGUAUUGAGCCAUGCCCCCACAGUGUAAAGCUGCAAGUACCCAGUUUACAGCUGGAAGCAACACGUGCAAAGCCAUGUCCACCCAGUGUAGAGCUAGAAGCAACAAGUGCAAAGCCAUGUCCACCCAGUGUACAGGAAGCAACACGUGCAAAGCCAUGUCCACCCAGUGUACAGGAAGCAACAUGUGCAAAGCCAUGUCCAUCUAGUGUACAGCUAGAAGCAACAAGUGCAAAGCCAUGUCCACCCAGUGUACAGCUGGAAGCAACAAGUGCAAAGCCAUGUCCAUCUAGUGUACAGCUGGAAGAACCCAGUGCAAAGGUGCCUGCACCUGGUACCAAGCAGUUCCUACCCAGUGUAGAGCCGUCUCUUUCCAGUGCCAAGCCAUGUAUGUCCAGUGCAGAGACAUGUCCACAUAGGGCAGAAGAAGCUGACCUGGAAAUUCAUGCACUCAAAAGAGUUCGUGUGAGGCCUGUUGUCCGUGAAAAAUGUCCUAUGUGCAAAGUUCUUAUGAACAAACGCAACAUCAGAAAGCAUAUAGACCGUAAGCAUACAAACCAGGAGCUUUUUGAUGUAACUUCUAAAUACCACCUUAGGAGUGAGUGUAUUGAUGAGGUUAAUGGUAUCUUUUCUGUCCAAAAGACUUUCCAUGGCCACAGUGUCCCUCUUCAUGUCCAGAAUAAAACAUGGGGUGAAAAUCAUCAUGUGUUUUGUGAGUCACAGAACUGUCAAGUUAACAUGGAUUUAGCAUGGAGGAGUGGCCUAAAAUCAUAUAAAUGUGUACAUCUUAGGUCAAUCACUUACUGUACAGGUUCAUGUAAGUCUAGCACACUGCUAGAAGGUUCUUUAACAAAGAUGGUGCAAACUAAAUGGUUCAGUGAAGAGACAAAAAAGAAUUGCCUUGCACGACAGAGACUGGCCAGAGAGAAUAAUGUUCCUCUCUCUGUUUGCCUAAAUAUAGGAUUUCCUCAAGCAAAGAAAGUUGUGUCUGUAUUUGAGCCCACUGUCUCAUAUUACAGUCGCCUUGGACGAGUUAUGGUGGUGUACAACAGCAGAUUAAACUCGUGGCAUUGUCCGUGUUCUAAAACAAGACGGUCCUGUGCACAUAUUUAUGUGGCCAAGUGGCAUCUUUUCCAAGAACAGUCUGAUUUGUUCAGGACAGUUCGAAGCACAGAAGAGAUGGAUCCAAUUGCUGGCACAAUCGAGCAUGAACGUCUUGGGGACACAGACGAGAAGGGAGUGACAAGUCCUACAUACCCACCAAAAGGUGAUGGCCUGAACAGUAUGGUGAAAUACAUACUCAGAAAGAAGAAGGUACCUGCUGUGUUACCAGAACAUUUACGCCUACCAUCAAAAGAAUUGCAGUACCCAAGAUAUAUAAUUCCAGAGGAAAUGAUGUGCCAGAUCUGUCCAGGGAAUGUGCCUCUCAGUGAACCGAUCCUCAUCACUGACAAAGCAAGGAUCCUUACCAGCUUUGGCAUUGUUCAAAAUGUUUCCACCUACUGCAAACGUUGCCCAGACUGUGAGGUCUAUUACCGAUAUCAAGAGUGGAAGGAUGGGGUUCAUAAUUUCAGUGACCACAUAUUACUUGACCUACCCCUGUGUAUCAAACUGAGAAACCUACUACAGGUCCAUACAGCAGUCAGCAGAGCAGUUGAUUAUAUCCAGCUUAACACAGGAGUAAGGUUCCCCUCAAAAGACACAGUGCUCCAUGGAUAUCUGCAUUUUGAAGCCCUCACAGACCAUGAAUACAAGUAUUCAUGUGUCACCUGUGGUGAUCAUCCUGCUGUGGUCAUAAUGGAUUUGCAUAAGAAGGCUGCUUUUCAUUUGUCAAUAACUGACCUGGGAGGACCACCACAUAAUUAUACUGGCGAAGUGGAUAUAGAGAAGUUUUGGGAUGCUCUGACCAUGGAGAUGAUUGGUCGUGGAUUUGUAAAAAGUUCAAAACACAAUCCAUUUGCAGUCCCACCGACCUAUCACUUUUGGGCUCCAUGGAUUGGUCCAUGUACAAGGAAGGCUGACAUUGUGCUCAAUACUGAGUUUGCAAAGAUGCAUGCUCCAAAAUCCACUGCUGAAGUAGAAGAGCUAACCGUCACUGAGGAACGUCUGACAGAUGAGCUUUCUAAACAAAAGGUGGGAGUCAUACGAAAUUUAUGUAGAGAGUGUGGUUUAGACUCCAGAGGAUCACGCAGUGAUCUCCUUCUCAGACUUUCCAGUGAGAUGAAAACAAGACAGGCUUAUGAUAAAGUGUUUGAGAAAAUUUGGGCAGCCUCAGGAGGAUGGGCCGUGGUCAUGUGCCCCUGUGGCAUUGUGUACAGUAUCAAGCACAACAUUCGUGCUGAGAGUCCACGUGACUUUGCAGAUAUUCUUCUCUCAUGGAGGCACAUGCCGAAUGUUGUCAUAUAUGAUUUUGCACGUGGGCUAGCCACCCAUACUAACUUGAGAGAACCCGAAAGGGUGCCCUUUAAACCCUUUGAAGGUCGAUUAAGGGCACCUUCUAAGGAAACAAUAGCCCUUGCAAAACAAGGAAAGGUUAAGGUAUCCCUACAUUGGCUAGACAGUCCCAAAGUAGUCCCAGACAAGGGGGGUCACCCAGUUACUGGCUCAGCACAGCAUUAUUGCCUAUAUGACAAGUUUCAUGAGGCAAAUACAAAAGACGACAGGGACCUACUUCGGAAAAUUUCCCUGGUCCCACAGCUGGCUGGCAAAAUAAAUAGUCAAGUGGCAGAGCAACUAUUUGGCAAACUUAGAAAAAACAACUACUUCCUGAACAUGAGCCAGCCCUCUACUCAUGUAUUCUUGAUGAGGAACAUUGUUCAUCACAUGAAUGUACAAAAAAACAAAGCCAGGUUGGAGACAAUCCAAAGGACCUUUGGAGUUGAAGUGUCAAUGAACAUCCACAGUCAAGCUGUGAUUGGAUCUGCAGUUUCCUCUGAGAUCACUGCUGACACAGUACCUGACACAGUACCUGACACAGUACCUGACACAGUACCUGACACAGUACCUGACACACAAGUGGUGGUUUCAACUGGUGAGUGAUGCAUUGUGAGUGAUGUUUGUCUGGGAUGUUCUUGAUCAUGUGCUUACUCUGCUCUUUUGUAUAGUUGAAGCAGUACAGGUAUGUGGAGAUGAAUGUCGACAUCUGACAUCGCUGGACAACAUUCAUGCCACAAGAGCUGCCUGGAACUUCACUUUACAUCCUGGUCAGAUGGCACUGCUUGAUUAUGUUCUGGACACAAUGAGGACUCCAGAUGAGCCAGUAGUUGACGUUGGCACAACCACACUAAAGCGCUCUGACUUCAUAUCAUUGGGUUUAUGUGAAGAAGUAGAGGCAACAAUUGUCAAUUGCUGUUUUAAAGUGAUAAGCGACAUCGGAAUACAUCUGGGAAAGGAUGUGCAUGCCAUUGAUUCAUACGUUAUAGCAAGUUGGAUGCCCCCUCUAGAUGCAGAUCCAAUUCAGUCUGUUCCUGUGGAUGCAGCAUCUAAGGACAUGAUUCUUCUUCCUGUGUGGAAACCAGGACACUGGGUUUUGUGUCAAACUAGCUAUGACAAUAUCACCAGGCCACUGGAUCCUGAUGAAAAACAAGGAUAUCCCCCAGCAACAUGAUGUGACAUCCUGUGGAGUCUUCAUGAUUAUGUAUGCAUUGCACAUCGUCUUGAAUGAGCCAUUCAGUUUCACUUCUCAUGACAUUCCAGUCAUCAGACGGUGGUGGUGCUUACUCCUCAUGGAGAAUUUUCCCCUUGGAGGACAUGGAAGGCGAUUUGCACACUGGGCUGCAGAGGCCAUGGAACUUGGGCCUUAUCCCACUAAAAGUGAGUCAAAGAAUAGAACAGAAGAAAUGGAACCUGAGAGUGGAGCACGAGAGGAGGUCACUACACCUCUUGAAAACAAAGGUGUAAUCAGACAUAUAAAAGCAGGUGUUGAAUGGCUGAAGAAUAGUCAGCAUCUGCUGAAGGACAAAUGCCUGACACCACAAAUCCUUUCCAUGGAGGAGGAAGAUGCGCGGAAUGCCCUUGCUCAUCUGGAGGCUCACUGUACAGCAUCUGUGUAUGAGGAUGAUAUGGAUGAGGAUGAAAUAAGGGCCCCAUUUUAUUUUACCUUUAAAAGCAUGAAAGACAUGGGCUUGUUCUUGUCAGAGGUUAGGGAUAAAAGAAAGAUUAUGGUAUCCUCUUUUUACAACCCUGAUAUUUAAGGUGUUUCCUACACCUAUACCAACAUCAGAAACAUCAGUAGCCUAUUCACAGAAAAUUCACUGAAGUAUUCCGUUGAUUACUUUUUUUCUGCUGCUUAUGUUGAUUUGUGUUGAUUGCCGUUAAGUACAGUUUUUUGUUUGUUUCAGUUGCUUAUUAUUAACCUACUAUUUUAUUGUCUUAAUACAGUUAUUAUGCUCAUUUUAUGUCUCUUUAUGUUGUUUUAUUAUUGCACAUGGAAUUGUACACAUAAAGACCAUGUAUU